AUGGCAUCUAGAAAAAACACACCACCACAAAGCACGAGAAAAAUGUUCGCCACACCAACACCGAGCACAAGAAGGACGCCCAUAGCACGAAGUACGGCACCAUCGACCGCUCGAACACCAUCCUCAUCCAAGGCGAGGACGCCGAUGGAAAGAAGUAUCAUCGCGUCGACGCCCACGCCCAGGACUCCAGGAAAAGAUGUGCUUGACGUGGCUGAGGCGGACGCUAUGGAGAAAGAACGUCUGAAUGUACUCAAACAAAUACAUCGUCGGCUUAAAUGGUCCAGAAGAUUUGGAGUAUGCUGUCGUUUCAUGCUCAUAUUCACACUGGUGUUAUUAUUUUGUGUUUUUAUACUAAGUUCUACACUUUUACUAUUUAUAAGCGUUGAAAGUGGUAAAGAUCAGAGGAUAUGGAAACUUCAUCCACGACCAUUAUCGUACGAAUUUCAAGAAUUCGCUGUAUCAUCCAAUUCUGAGACGUGCAAUGAACUUGGGAGAUCACUUUUCAUCGAAGGACACAGUAUAUUUGGUGUUGCCGCUGGAAUCGCUCGAUGCUUGGCGACCACAGAACCAUAUAAGAACGAUAUUAAUGGAUAUAAUGUUGCUAUUUUCCUAAAUUUUAGUUAUGAGAGAAAUUCCACAAAUUGCCAACAGAGCGUAAAGCGAACAAAAACGUAUGAGAUUAGCGGUGAAAAUACGACCGUCACGGAGGAUUUCUCGUUAGAAGGGGCUUACAGGGCUUUACUAGAAAAAAUGAACCGCAGCGAGAUAGACGUGCUGGACCUAAAAUUAAGUAGAGGUUUACGUACUUAUCCUAUGAGCAAAAGUUUUGCUGAAUAUCUCAGCAUAAUAGGAAGCGAACAGGUGUUACAGGAGGAGUGCAGCAAUACUUUCGAUGAAGAUUUUAAAUCAGCAACAUACGUCGAAGGUGAUAUUAUCCAAGCAUUACCAUGGCCAAAUUUCUCGUCGCUACGAAAUGUAACUUCGACUAUGUCCACUUCGAGUAGCGAGGAAAUCAACACACAGGAAAACUUCACUACAUACUCAAUUGAAGAAGAUAUCAUAUGGAUGGAUAUACCAGUCAUUAAACUUGCAACCAAUCAGAGCGUAUGUAGACCUAACAUUAGUGGAAAUACCCCAAAUGUUAUAGAUCUUUUCACGGGCAAAGAAGGAUCGUCAUUGCUAAAAUCAUCUAAUAUUGGUCGUGUCACGGGUUCUGAGAUGUCAACUACAACAUUCUAUUUUCAAGCAUACAGUCGAAUAUGGUCUUUUCUAAAAGAUCAUUCUUUUAAAACAACAAAAAAGAAGAUGGAUGGGAUUCGUAAGAAAAAAAACCCUCCAUAUUCGGGGAAUUUCUUCACUGUUUUGGAUAAAAGAAAUCAAUUGGCAAUUGCAUACAGUGGAAUUCCUGGUUUAAGCUCCGUCAGUUCGACAAGCUCACAACAGAUUAGGAUCGAUAUGGAUCAAGUCACACUUCAACCGCUUAUACUUUUCGACAAUGAGAUCAAAUUGGUGCUGGCUGGUCCUGGAGGUGACAUGACACAAUCGUUAGAAAUUCCUCGAAUCAUUCAUACACUUCUAUACUAUUUUGCACAUGGAACGUCCUUCAUAAGAGCCAUAACUACACCAACUUUAUUCCCGCAUUCAUAUAACUUAAUCUACUACAAUGACGGCGUACCGCAGAGUAUAGUCAACGCGUUUGGCCGAUUUGAACAAAAUGUUGGUAGAUAUGUGAGGAAGCUUAAAAAGAUUGGUCCACUAUCUAUGAAAGACACAUUAUCGGGUAUUGAAGUUCGUAAUGCAAGUGCGAUUCCCAUUUUGUUCAACCUAGAUGGGACCUCUAUUGUUACCAAUGGAUUAUGA